AUGAAAACUGAAACUAUGUUCAAAUCUCCUGGAAACAUGUAGUUUAUCCAGAAAGACUGAAGCCAUGCACACAUCCACUGCCUGAAAGACUAGCUUCUUGCUACUGGGGAGGGGGAAAAUCCCAUUAAAUGAAAUCAAGCAAUUACUCUCCAUAAAUAAAUGUUUGAGGAUUAUUUAAUCGUAUCAAAUUUUACAAAUGUCAUAGUUUAGCACCUAAGAAAUCAAAAGUCAGAAAUUAAAGUCAGCUCUGCAUGAAACUCACUGGUAAACAACUUUUUUUUGUAAGUCCCAGUCAUUAAACAUUAUUUUGAGGCGCCUAAACGGAGAAAGGGCGGUAAAAACAUUAAAUACACAUUUCUAUGCUCUACAUGGAAAAAACAAGUAGAAUGGAUUCUUCAUAAAAAGAGGAAAACACACCCAUAUACAUCCACAAAUAUUAAACCAGAGCAACAGGGGAUCUAUUGUGUGGUCGUAAUGCAGGCUCAGUGGGUGUGAACUCUGGCUAUGUGCGCUGUUCAACACAAGAGGGAUAAUCUCAGGAGCUGACCAAGCAGCAAACAAACUCUGUGGGUGCUGCUCUGAAGUCAGUUCACUCUGCUGUUGACAUUACCACAAACGACGCAGGCCACGGAUAAGCUAAGAGCCCUAUCAUCAAAAUCACUGAAUUAAAUCAACCAGAAUCUCGCUACAAUUGAUCGGCAACAUGAAGGCAAAAAGCGAUGGAGAACAUUCAGAAACGCUGCAAGGAGCUUUAUCUGUGGUGGUGCUGGCGUACUACAGAGAGACAGGACUAUUAUGUGCCAGCUUGAAGGAAAAAAAUACAGCUUCCUGUUGUGUCUGGGGAUGAGUAUUACAGUUUGUUUAUUAAUUUAUUUGAAGACUAGGAUGCCAACUGAGCAAAGGCACCCACAACCCCCAAGCUGCAGACCCUUCUCCACUGAAUGCAGGACUUUUCUGCCCAACAUGGAGAAAGGAGUAACAUGGCACCGGCGAGACUGCCAGGUGGAAAACUAUAUCCUGAAUAGUAAUCUGCAGUGUUCAAAUUUGAUCAGAGACCUACACUUUAUCACCAGACCUCUAAGUCAUGAGGAGGAGGAGUACCCAAUAGCUUUCAUUGUGACUGUUCACAAAGAGCUGGAGCUUUUCGUGCGUGUAUUGCGAGCCAUUUACAUGCCCCAAAAUGUCUACUGUAUUCACGUAGACGCGAAGGCUCCAUGGGAGUACAAAGCGGCCGUACGGAGGAUCGUCAGCUGCUUUGAAAAUGUGUUCCUUUCGACCCGCAGUGAGACAGUAACCUAUGCUGGGUUUUCACGCCUACAAGCUGAUUUAAACUGCAUGAAGGACCUAACAAAGUCUAAGAUCGGCUGGAGGAAGGUGGUGAACUUAUGUGGGCAAGAAUUCCCUGUCAAGAGCAACGUGGAACUGGUGAGGUACUUGCAGAGCAAAGAGUGGAAGGACAGAAACAUGACACCUGGGGUCAAACAGCCACUUUCUAAGAGUCACAGGACACAACUCCAGCAUCAGGAGAUCAUAGGAUCGCAUGUAGCUCUGAAAGGGCGGGGACUGAAGAAACGUCCUCCUCCUCACAACCUGCAAAUCUACUUUGGGACAGCAUACUAUGCGCUCAUGCGGGAUUUUGUAGACUUUGUCCAGGAAAGUCCAGUAGCCCGAGACCUCCUGGAGUGGUCCAAGGACACAUUCAGUCCAGACGAGCACUACUGGGUGACACUCAACCACAUCAAAGAAGCUCCUGGCAGCUACAUAGAUGGAGGUUGGAAAGGAGACAUCCGGGCGAUCAAGUGGAGGGAUCAAGAGGGUAUGACACAUGCCGGUUGCAAAGGACAUUAUGUACGAGACAUCUGCAUCUAUGGAAUGGAAGACCUUCCUUGGAUCUUCGACAGGAACAGUAUAUUUGCCAAUAAGUUUGAGAGUAAAACCUCUCCCGAGGCGCUAGACUGUCUGGAACAGUGGCACAGGAGCAAAGUGCUGAACCAGACCACCGUUCCCAUAGAACCGUCAUGGAUUCUGGCCACACAGCACGACUCGAGGAACAGCAGCUAUUUCAGUAGCCAUGCUUAAUUUAGUUUAAUUUGCAAUCACUCAGUGACUGUCUAUGUCAAUGUGGACAGGAGAAAACUGAGCUGAGGAUAGCAAGUUAACUCUGUGCACUUACAGUUUCUGUAGAGCAGCUAUUGUUCGAAGAUGUGUUUAUCUGUUUAUGCAACUAUAAUCAUGUGUUCAUUUAUUAUGCAUAUUUUACUGGCGUAUUUAAGAUGCACAAGUGUUGAAUAAACUAUUUUUCAAAAGUGAUGACAAAGAAUAAAGCUCUACAAAUCCAUUCACUAUGUCAUAAAAAAGUAAAACCCACAGCUUUUGGUCAUCUUCAGAAGGCUUUGACAUACAAACCUUAGUCUAAGAAAACAACAUUUGACAGGUGUUGACUAUUAAUACUUGGACAUAUUCUCUGAACUUGCCAACAGCUGUCAAUGUUAUAUUGGCACCAAAAUCUAAGAUCAAAAAUGAAGCACGCCGAGGAAAAGGAUAUA